UCAUCACCCACGCCGUCAAGUCCCGGCGAUGCGCUGCCGGCGCACACGUCGGCGCAGGGCUCGGGCGCACCGAGCUUCUUUGAGCGCGAGCGCGAGCGGCUGGUCGCUGAGAUCGCAGAGGGCCUCGGCACCAUGAUCGACCACUCCAACGCGCUGAACCGCAAGCUGGAGGAGUCCAUCUCCGUCGGGCGCGAGUUUGAGCCCAUCGCCGGCCUGUGGGGCCGCUUCGCCGACGUCAUGGGCGCCGCCGGCGUGCCCGACCUCUCGUCGGCACCAGCACGUGCGGCCGCUGCAGACGGAGACGAGGAGCAGGACAACGGCGGCCUCAACCGCAGCCGUGGCGCAGCAGAUGGCCUGCCGCCGGGCGUUGCGCCGGGCGGUGGCCUCGUGUACGGGCGAGACGCAUGAGCGUUCGCCCGCCCUCUGUCUCGUCUCUCGGUCCUCCUGUCAUCCUCUGUACUUGUGCGCGCGCAACUCUUCUCAUCACUCU